CCGGGGUGACGGAAGCACGCUGGGUGACCUCACCCUCCAACAUGGCGGCGGCGGUAGAUUAGGGCCACGGGUCGGAGCAGCCACCGCCGCUGGGGGACCCUGUUGGAAACAGCUGCCGCCGCCGCCGCCGCCGCCUCUUUCAUCUCUUCUGGGCUAGGGGCCAGGGCCAGUGUUGCUGCUGUUUAAUAUUCUUUAGAAAUUUAUUUUCAUUUGAAAGAGAGCUACAGAGAGAGAGAGAUGGACAAAUCUUCCAUCCACUAAUUCAUUCCCCAAAUGCCCACAACAGCUAGGGCCUGGCCAGACUGAAGGCCAGGGACCAGGAAUUCAAGCUGGAUCUCCUUUGUGGAUGGCAUGGACUCAAGUACUUGAAUCAUCAUCUGCUGCUUCCCAGAGUGCUUUUGCGGGAAACUGGUUCAGAAACGGAGUAGCAGGCACUCAUAUAUGAGAUGUGGCAUCCCAAAUAGUGAUUUAACUGCUGUGCUACAUGCUGGCCUGGAUUGCUGAUAUUUAAUUACACUUUUGUGUAUCAGGUGUUACGUGUCUGUGUCUGUCAGUAGACCCAGUUGGAGCUCUACCAGUCAGUUCAAUGGCGUCCUCUACUGCUGUGCCUGCAGGAUUCCACUAUGAAACAAAGUACGUUGUUCUCAGCUACUUGGGACUCUCUCAGGAAAAGCUGCAAGAGCAACACCUUUCUUCCCCCCAAGGGGUUCAACUAGAUGUAGCUUCACAAUCUCUGGAUCAAGAAGUUUUAUUAAAAGUUAAAUCUGAAAUUGAAGAAGAGCUAAAAUCCCUGGACAAAGAAAUUUCUGAAGCCUUCACCAGCACUGGCUUCGACCGUCAUACUUCUCCAGUUUUUAGCCCUGCUAACCCAGAAAGCUCCAUCGAAGACUGCCUGGCCCAUCUUGGAGACAAAGUGUCACAGGAACUGAAAGAACCUCUGCAUACAGCACUGCAGGUGCUCCUCAGCCAGCCAGUGACAUAUCAGGCAUAUCGUGAGUGUACACUGGAGACUGCAGUUCAUGCCAGCGGCUGGAAUAAGAUUUUGGUGCCUCUGGUUUUGCUCCGAGAAAUGCUUUUCGAAUUGACAAGACGAGGUCAAGAGCCUUUGAGUGCACUGCUGCAGUUUGGCGUGACAUAUCUGGAGGACUACACAGCAGAGUACAUCAUUCAGCAAGGUGGCUGGGGCACUGUCUUUAAUCUUGAGUCUGAGGAAGAGGAAUAUCCUGGAGUCAUUGCAGAGGACAGCAAUGACAUUUACAUUUUGCCCAGUGACAACUCUGCACAAGUCAGUCCCCCAGAGUCUCCAACUGUGACCACUUCGUGGCAGUCGGAGAGCUUACCUGCCUCCCUGUCGGCCAGCCAGAGUUGGCACACGGAAAGCCUGCCAGUGUCCCUAGGUCCUGAGUCCUGGCAGCAGAUAGCCAUGGAUCCUGAAGAAGUCAAGAGCUUAGACAGCAAUGGAGCUGGCGAGAAGAGCGAGAACAACUCUUCGAAUUCUGACAUUGUGCAUGUGGAGAAAGAAGAAAUACCUGAGGUUGUGGAAGAGGGCGCUGUGGCUCCUGUGCCACCCAGGGAGCUGCAAGAGGCAUUCCCUACAGCUACAGCUCCCUUGCUCCCACAUAUCACUGCCACUUCCUUUCUGGAGACCAGGGAAUCUGGCCCAGAGAUGACUGCAGUAGAGGAAGCCAGCCCUGCCACAUCUUUGUUUGUAGAACUUGAUGAAGAAGAAGUGAAAGUAGCAGCAGUGGAACCUCCUGAAGUAGAGCAGGUGGUGACCCCUGCACUGAAAUCUGCAUCAACACCACAGAGAGGAGAGGAGUCACAUGUGAGCAAAGAGAGCCUUCCAGAAGAGCCCUCCCCGACUGGAGGUGCAAAGGCCAUCCCACUGUGUGAGGGCAAGUUCAUCCUGCUGUUUGGAGGGGCUGCUGCUGCUGCUAUCCUGGCAGUGGCCAUUGGGGUGGCAUUGGCUCUGCGGAAGAAAUAGAUUCUCCAAAAGAGGAAGACAACGCUGUGUUUGCUGGAUUUGAACUGCCAGCAGCUGAAUGGGUGUUUGUGGAACACUUGGGGAUAAUUGGGGUUUUCUGCUCAACAUGGCAGCGGGUUGAUCCACACAGUAGGGCUUGAGGUCGAGGGUGUGCAUGGUCAUCUGUGAAUUCCAAGGGCCUUGUCUCAUGUUAGAUUCAGAAUUACACAAGUACAGAGCUCCCUCUAGAACGGGGUUUCUCCACUUUGCCGUCAUUGACAUUUUGAUAAUUCCCUGUAGGAGGAGGCUGUCCUGUACAUCCUAGGAUGUUUAGCAACAUCUUGGCCUCUGCAGCUGCAGUAGCACCCCACUUCCUAAAGUGACAGCUGAAGUGGUCUGAGAGGUUGCCAAGUGCCUGCUGUGGGCAGUCCCCCAUGGAGAGCCAGUGUGUUAUUGGUGGGGGGUGUGUUGAGUGGGAACAUCUAAGAUGGAAGUCCCAGCCAGGAGGGUUUGCUGUCACUCCACUGGGCAGUGAUUCCUCUGCUGGGAUCUCAUCUGUCCUGGUGGCCAGGCUGUGUGUGCAGCCAGCUGCCUCUGACUCUUGCUCUCUGCCCUCUUCCUGUCCCUUCAUGGGGAGUGGGCUCUCCUCCCGUCUCCGCCAUCUCUCAGGUCCCUUCUCAGACCCCAUGGGAGAGUGCUCUGUGCUUCUGCCCAGACUUGCCACUUCCCCAAGGCUUUCUCCACCUCCACCUUGUAGAGAUGUUGCCUUUAGGAAUCUUUUACAAAAUAAGUCAAUAUAGAGUAACAUGAGACCUGGGGCUCCCUAACCUGUGAGUGCAGUGCAGGUUGCUGGCCAGAGAAACAUCUGUCUUGUGUAGAGGCAAAAGGAUGGCUAGGUGACCUAUCUGGGUAGCUUCCAGCCCUUCAGUCAGUGUCACCCCCUUGCCUGUGGGUGCUUCCUAACAGCAUCUGCUGUUUCUGUGCCCUGGGUUGGUAUGUGCCCCCCGUGGCUGACCUCAUUCUUGUUCCUGCUCCUCCACCUCUUGGUGGGUCUCUUGCCACCUGGGGCUCACAGACCCAGUUGAAUUUCAAGUCUUACUAAAUAUAAUAUCAUUGAGAUAAAAUGGCAGAUAUCAUCUUAUCAUUUAAGUAUCAAAGGUAAAAGACAAAAGAGGCUUGAGUUUCAAGACGGAGGCCACCUUGAGAUUCACACUCGGCUUCCAGAGUCCAGAAUGGAGGCUUCUCUUCCUGGACUUAGCACAGCACAGAAGCCAGGGGUGCCCGACACAGCAGUCACCCUAGUCUCUGACAGCAGAGAGUCACUGGCAUUUUCUUUCAACUGGCCCCUCCCAUCCCUAAAGGAGGGGAGGUACUGCACCCUCCCAUGGCUGAGGGUCACUGUGUCACUGUGCAGAGCACGAGUGGUUUUUUUAAAAAGGUCACUUCAGAUUUACUUAGUAAAUAUAACACAUUACUUUUUAGAGCCUGAAAUUUAUAAUAAAAUUACUUUAUCUACCCUUAACACCAAAACCCAAUGCUUUCAAUGUGCUUUUUGAAACUUAUUUUUUAAAAUAAAACCUUCUCCCUAAAGUAUUACAUUUUUUUAAAAUGUUCAAGAAAAGGUCUGAGGAUAUGUUUGUGUGUCUUGCACAGCUUUAUCAAGUCCUGUGUCCUUGUGGUCUGAAACUUGGUGGCCCACUUAGUGGUGUUCUGAGGAUCUUGUUGCACUUUUGUUGGCAUAGCUGCAGGUGAGGGGCAGGCGGGAUCAGUGUGGGGACAGCCUUCUCCACAGCACUGACAGGGGCAUUGGAGUUUUCUGUUUUCUAAUUGCUGUGUUCCUGUUUGUGUAGGUUGGAGACUGGUGAGUCUCUCUUUCAUAAAAUCUUCUCUUCCAGGGUUAACACGUUUUAACUCUGGAUCUCAUACCCAGUGACCAGAGCAGAUUUGAGCAGUGAUUGAAGCCCUUGGCCUAGAACACCCAUGCCUGUGUUCCCCACCCCAGGACAUCAGGGGCAAGUGUAACAGUGAUGUGAACGCACACGAAUUCCCAUUCGCUGAACGUUAACCUGAAGUACCUGGCCAGCUGUGUUGUGCUGGUUGACAUUCUUUCUGCUGCCUUCUGCCCCUUGAAUGUUUGUUAGUUCCCAUGCUUAGUUUCCAUGCUUUCUCCACUUUCUUUCCUUCUCCCUCUGCCAGUAGAGGAGUGGCCUUCCCAGAAGCUUGCGUUUUUCACUAUUACAUUAAAAAGAUUUAUUUAUCCAGAUGCUCCUCUUUUUGAGGGGCUUAUAGUAGGGAGCUGGUCCUUCCUGCUCCCCAACUUACAUAACACCUGAGUCCAAGGUAAAAGAAGGACUUGGAGUUAAAUCCAACUUGCCGGGAUAAGGGUUUCUGGUCACUUAGCAGAAAGCCAGUAGAGGUUUCUUGAAAAAUCCGAGAAUUAUGAGCACUAGUUUAUGCCCUCAGGAGUGCAUCCGUACCUACAGUGUGCCUUAAGAGACUCUUUUGAUCAAUGCUCUUGUGAGAACUUUCUAGAUAAAGAAGUGUCUGUGCAGUACUCACCCAGAGGCACCCUUGAUGCAUCCUCUUGCCUGUGCUUCUGUACCAUCUCAAACGAUGAACCAGCAGCAUGGUUUUCUGAACUGCAGCAGUGUCCUAUAAGCCUUUGUGCCAAUUCCCUGAAAGAACAGCUGCGCCCGCUCCCCCUCUCUUUCCCUAAAGGUGUGGCAGACGUGGGCAGUCAUUUGAAAACCUGACAUUUGAAUUUUUGAAUCAUUUUAAGAGUGUUUUUUUUUUUUAAGAAAUAAAAGGUUUUAUAGGGAAGAGAGUUGUUCCCUUCUAUCCUUUCUCCUAACUUCUUAAGUCUUUGAAAACUCAUCUUUCAGAGGAUGUGAAGUGACUAUAUUCACCUAGAGGCCAAUCACUAAUUUUCUUACAGCCCCUGACAUAAUCCCCUCACAAGCAUUGUCUCAUGUAAAGUCUCAGCAACAUACUGGAUGCCAGAAAAAUGUCUCCUUAUCUCUGGGGGAGAGUACUUGCAUCCGUGACAACCUCCCAGCUGAGGUCAGUUUGAUACCCCUGGUAGAGUGUGCUUUCUGCACACACACACUUUUGUGUGGGACACUCAUCUUGGCACUCCGUUGAACAUUUAAAGUAUGCAGAGGUCGUCCCAGUGCCCUCACACACCUUACGACACCUGCAGGGUUAACAGCUGAUUUCCUCAGCUUUAGUUACAAACAACACAAACCUGACUAGGACCUAGUUAACUUCUAAAGUCUUCUAGCACACAAGAGGCAAUGAGCUGAAUUUUUCUGACUCCAAGUCCUAGUACCUUUUCUGGAUUUUACCAUCGUUGUGACCUUGCAGCGCAGUAUUGGCAGGCUCCCUGCAAUGGUUGUGCCCCUGAUUCCUGCAAGAGGGUGUGGGGGGGAGGGGCGCAGGCACUGCUUACCACACUGUGCGCUCUGCAGGAAGGUGAGUCUUGCUGUAAUUCUGCUAAGCAACCACCUAAGCUAAUAUCCAGCCUGACCUGUUACAGAAGUCAAGAGUGAAGCUUAUGUCUAGGGCUGAGCCAACAUGCAGCUGCACCAACUAUCUUCUGUAUCCACAGAGGUCCCGACAGUCACGGCUGAUGCUUGGUUAGUGCCCUAAGUAUUUCUGCUCCUAAACAAGGUUGGGCAAUCUGAUACCAUGUGUAAGCGAGGCAGGUGGAGGCAGCACCAUGACACAUUUUUCUCUUUCCUUUUUCCUAGUUUUCCUUUUGCCCUGCUUGUGCCAUCAGCCUGGGUAGGGAUGUGGAGUGGAAAGCACCUGUAGGCAUUGCUUAACCUCUUGACACUCGGAGGCCACCUGCUCUGGGAGGUGGCCAGGGCACAGGCUCAGCUUUCUCAGAAGCUGCCAGAGGGGUCCUCCCAGUGAAACACCUGGACUACAUGCCAAAGCACCUACAACCCUGGUUACAGAACAUUGGCUCCAGAGCACAAACAGUGGGAUUCUGUCACUAUUCUGUGAUCACCUUGUUUAGAGAGAGCUGCACAGAAUGGGGAACUGCAGUGUUACUAAAUUAAUACAUCCUGUCUUCCUUUCUGCAUGAGACUUCAGAGCCUCAGCCCAGCUUGCCAUGUUCCCUGUGUGGAAACCAGCAGGGUCGUCUCAUGUUUAUGUUUACACUACCAGAACCCUGGCCAGACCGCUGCUUCACUGUGUGCUCAGGUUGGAAUUGUUCUCAGGGAUAUUUGCAAGGCCUUGUCACAAGCUAAAAAGUAGCAGCUGGGUCCAGAAGGUUCUUACCCUGUUCUCCCCUCUCCUAAGGGGAAAUUUUAUAGUGAAACUGCUCACUUCAGUGGGUAUUCUUGGCACCACUAGAAGAAAUUGGUUAACAGAUACACUACUUAGAACAAAAGUUGACCUUUUAAAAUUACUCGCCUCUGUCCCUAGGGACAGGAAGUUGGGGUGGAGUUUCCCUGUCAGAGUCUGGAAUAACUCAGUGGGUUCUGGCAACUUUCAAUGAAGGAAGGUGUCAGAGUUGCACACGUGGUCACUGGACAGCACCAGAGGAACAGACAGAACCUACUUCUCCCUAGACCUGCAGUUUCCUGCUGUUUCCAUUUCUUUUCCCCUUCAGAUUAAAAGUGCCUCUUCCUACUUUAUUCCUUGAGUAAACUCAAAUUUAUUGUUUCUAAUGCUCUCAUCUCUUCAGAAAUACUGGAAUCAAAUGGUACUUUUGGUAGUUAACAGAAGCAUUUUGCUUAAGCAGCAUUUUGGCCUUCCCUGUAUGGAGUCCCUUUAGGCAUCCUAGCUGCAGCUGAUUUGCUCGGUUUGUUACUGUGGACUCUUCUGAUUGCUGGUCACCAGGGAAAAGGAAAACACUCAAACCUAUGAAUUGUGCUUUCUGUCAGAAGCCAUGUGUUGGGAAGAACACAUUAGAGGUUGCAAUAAAGUGAGACUUGAAGAAAA